UACCGGGCCCCAAAAAUCGCGCGGCGAUGAGCGGCGGGCAUCUGAGCAAGGAUUUCUUCGAGCUCAUCAAGAGCAUCGGCGAGUGCAAAUCGAAGCAGGAGGAGGACAAGAUUCUGGCGGCCGAGGUGGCGACGCUGCGCCAGCGCUUCACCGAGCAGCUCAGCCCCAAGAAGAUGAAGGAGGCUGUCGUGCGGAUGAUGUAUGCGGAGAUGCUGGGCCACAACGCCGACUUUGGCCACAUCCACGCCGUCAACAUGUCGCAGCAGACCAACCUCAUCGCCAAGCGUGUCGGAUACCUGGCGUCGACUGUCUGCUUGCACUCUGGGUUCUCUCUCCCAUAUCUCCCCCAUAUCUCCCCCAUCUCUCCCCUCAAGUCGACCAGCCACGUCGAGGUCUGCGCCACCCUCGUCGCGAUCCCAAAGCUGGUCAACCUCGAGACGCUCCCUGCGCUGAUGGACCCGGUGUGCGCGCUGCUCGACCACCCCAGCGAGGUCGUCCGCAAGAAGGCCGUCAUGGCGCUGCACCGCUUCUGCCAGCUGCAGCCGUCCUCGGCGGCCGACCUUUCCGAGAAGCUUCGGCGCGUGCUGUGCGACAAGGACCCCGCCGUCAUGGGCGCGUCGCUCUACAUACUGCAUGAGGGGGCCGAGGCGGACCCAAAGGCGCACAAGGACCUCGUGCCCUCGUACGUCUCCAUCCUCAAGCAAAUCACGGAGCACCGCCUCCCCUCCUCCUUCGACUACCACCGCACCCCCGCGCCGUGGAUCCAGAUCAAACUGCUCAAGCUGAUGGCGACCUUGGGCACCGCCGACCAGCGCGCGUCAGAAGGCAUGUACGAGGUGCUGCUCGACGUGCUGCGCCGCGCAGACACGGGCAUCAACAUCGGGUACGCCAUCAUCUACGAGGCAGUGCGCACGAUCACCGCCAUCUUCCCAAACAUCCAGCUGCUCGAGACGGCGGCGAGCCACAUCUCGCGCUUCGUCUCGUCCGACAACCACAACCUCAAGUACCUCGGCAUCAAGGCGCUCGCCGGCGUCGUGCAGGUCAACCAGAAGUACGCCCUCGAGCACCAGCUAGUCGUAGUGGACUGCCUCGAGGACCCGGACGAGACCCUCAAGCGGAAGACCCUCGACCUUCUCUACCGGAUGACCAACGCGGGCAACGUCGUCUUUGUCGUGGACAAGCUCAUCUCGCACCUCCGCGAGACGUCGGACGACGCCUUCCGCGCCUCCCUCACCGAGCGAAUCACACAGCUCGCCGAGCGGUACGCGCCAGACAACUCGUGGUUCAUCAGGACGAUGAACGGCGUGCGUCUUCGAGCUCGGCGGCGAGCUCGUGCGGCCGGACGUGGCCCACAACUUGAUGCGGCUGAUUGCCGAGGGGUCCGGAGAGGACGACGAGGCGGACAUGGCGCUCCGCCGCUUCGCCGCAACGACCUACUACUCGAUGCUCGACCGGCCGAUCCUCCCCGACAUCCUCGUCUGCGUCAUCUGCUGGGUGCUCGGGGAGUACGGCUACCUCAUUGGCGGCGGAGUGGCGCGCGAGCCGGAGACGUAGUCUCGUCUCCCCGCCAGCGCUCGAGAGGAGACGCACUCCGCCGUGCGAUACCACGCCACACCACACCACACCACGCCACACCACGUGUCCUCCCGGCCCGACCCCUCGGCGCAAUGUACGGCGCAGGCGCUCGAGGAUGUGGUCGACAAGCUGGU